UUCAUGUUUGGGCUAUGGGUGUAAAGCUUGGGUGGGGUGGUGGGUGUGUCUGUACUUUAUCACCUUUCUGUGGAUUGGGGAGUGUGGAACCCGGACGGAAUCGACACGCGCUGACGUAGACCACGGUGAAAGGUGUAUGAUGGGGCGGCAUCUAGUGCGGAGCAACGGGGUUCGUUACACUUGAACAGUUGUCAGACAACCGCAGCAGCACAACAACAGCAGCGGAGUAUGUUGUCAGAAACCGCUAAGGAAAAGGUGGGGCGAUGACGUUACAUGGCCAUUUCCUCUUCUGUGCAUGAGUGCCUCUCUGGCAAUGAUGGCAGUUGGUAGCUGGGUAGCGUUGUCUCUAGAAGCUUUGGUGUGCUAAGCCAGAGCGCUGCUGCUAUAGCUUGGGCCGCAUUGUAGCUGAAGGGUGCUGUUGUUUGUUGGAUUUCGGCAAUCUGCUUGAACUUCUAAAGACGCAGCCUACUAACUUACGGACCCUUGACGUCGUCGCCAUUUUUCCGAGCGUGCUGGCGUUUUAUAAGCCCGAUUACUCGCUGCGACCCUGAUUUGCGUAUCGCUCUAUGUCACCCUGGUCAAAUAGAAAAUCUAUUUCUCUUACUUGAUCGCGCUAACCUUGCCUUGGCGCAGCUUGGUAUUUCACAUUUCUCGUUUCACAAGUUUUGGGCAUAUGUUUCGGGUGUGGGAGGGAAUAGCUCUGGAUCAGCUGCACAUAACUUACGGAUAAGUCCUUUACUUGACCGUUGGUCCUGCGUCCCCCGCUCCAUAUGCCCUGUGAUUUCAGUGUAAGCUCGGGUAAAUAAAGAUGAUUGAUUUGGUGGUUCCUUCAGGGCGUCAAAAUCUGUGUGAAAUUCGCAUGUGUAGUAGUUUGGUAGCUCGCUGCUGUUGCUUCCAUUGCUGUUGCCGUGACAGUGGUCGUGUGUUAAUCAGCAAACCCCCACCGUGUCGUCCGGUCCCAAGGAAAAGGCCCUUCCCUAUGGCCGCCUCACUCGAAGGUCUCGUGGGUGUCUUCUGGCUCAGAGGCCGGGGCCUGCACUUUUCUCUAAGGCUUGAUGUGCGUCGCCGGAAGCCGGAUAAGAAGGCUUGCUUCAUUGCUCUACCUGUGCGCGCGCACGGAAGCUUGGGCCUGCUUGGGCUGUGUUGUAAUGCUGGGUUUACCUGCGAGGGAGCACUAGUAUGUGCGGCGCAGGUGUGCAAGCAAGCGUUAGGACACCGAGGCGCGCGUGCCAUCACACACACCUUGAGACGCGCAGAUACGUGCGCAUGUUGUGUUGAAAGGGGUGGGAUGUUGGAUGCUUUGGUUGUGCCGUUGGUGGGUUGCUGUAGCCGGUUGCAUGCUCUUUAACGGGUCGGCCAUUGUAGGGGGUGUGGGUCGUCCGCCGGAGGAGGAUGUGACGUGUUGGCGCAGCUGUGUUCGUGUGCUUGCCGUGUUACUGCAUUGCAAUGGUCCCGCCUGCCUCCUACCUUGCCUUGUACGUUACAGUGCGCUGUAGCAGCAUUGGAUGGGGGCGGGUGGUUGGUGUAACUGCGCGGCGUGUUGUGGUUCCGGCAUGUGGCACGGCAUGCUUCAGCAGCGGCAAGGCUGACGUGCAGGGCUGCACAUGCCGAUGUUGCUGGAUGGCUCUCCUGCUUUUGCUGCUGUUUCUGCACAUGUUACCGCCGUGGGUUCUGCUUCUGCUGUUUCUGCUUCCGCGGUUAUUGUUGUGUGGCGCGGGCUCAUGCGGGCUCAUGGUUCCAUGCGAGGGGGGCCUUCCGGCUGCCGUCCCUAUGGGAUGACGGCGUUGCCUUAGCGGCCGGGUAUUCGUGGCUAAGUACGUUCAUCAGUAUCGUCGUCGUGGUGUGGAGAGCUAAAUACAACUAGAGGCCGGGCAAGCUUCCUGCGAAGCCGUGAUACCUUUGAUAACUUUACUACGAAUCAUGUUAUUGUGCGGUCCGCGAUGUGGUUAUGGUCGGCUGAUGAUGAAGUUACUUUUACUUGCCAAAGCAGCAGCGUCACUAAGGGAGUCACUAAGUUGACAAGAUGUUUAUAACGAACAUGGAACGGUGUCGAACUGUCGUUAGCAUUGAUUAGCAAUAACGUAUAAUCACCUCUUUCAAGGAGCCGUACAGCCGUUAAGAGAGUCGGGUGCGAGCUGUAGACCUGCGUGCUUCCUUAUAAGCAUGUAUGCUGACGGGAUGUGAGGAGGCUUAUGGGUGAAGCGGUUGUACGGAACAAUUUUAUGUUCGGAGCGUACGCGUUGGCGGUUCUGUUAACUGAACUGUGAUCUUCUGGAAGGUGUUAGGUUACGGGUCUGCUGCACAGACCCGUAACCUAAAUGCAGCGUGCAGUGGUUUAAUGUAGGGUACCCGAGUGGUGCCUCACUCACCAUAAUAGUUUCAGCGUGUUGUUAAGCAGGUUACGAGCCGUACAACGCAGCACUGUCCAUGAACCAACGUGCGGAAUGGUGGUAGUUUGCGGGCAGGGAGGCGGAUCAGCCAAUCUUCUGGUUUGGUUGGUUGUAAAGAUACCCACUGUGUCUAUUGAGGUGAGUUGGUUGGCUCUUUGAAAUACCAAAUGGCGGCGUUUUUGCCGCUAUUGCUGCUGUCCGCUGCUGCUUUCCAGGACCGUACCGAACUGCACGCCAUGGGUAUAGAAUAUGUGUGCGUGGGUGUAAUGCUUAUACAAGAUAGCAGCAUAGCUGCUAACACCUGAACCCAUGCUGCCGAGAUGGAACACGUCCGCGGCUGUUGAACGAAUUACCGUACCAUCGCCCAUGUGUGUCGGGUAUGGCAUGUCGUACAUCGCGGUGCUGCCACAAACCGCCGGUCAUCAUCGUUUGCAAGCCACAGCUGGACGGGUUGCGAGAAUUCCCUGUGGAUUUACGGCAAGGAGAACCGUAGCCGUCCGAUCUACCGCCGUACCUGACAACGAACUCUACGUUUCCUAUUAGCAAGCUAUAUAGUUUCUCGCAUCGAUUGCGACUUUCAUUCGGAUGUCAUGUGCGACUCCGAAGCCUAUGAAUCCUCAAUCACGUGGCGUUCCAUGCAAGCGGUUAGCCGUUAGCGAUUGCUUUGCAGUGUCUUCUGGGAUCAUAAUUACGUGCCACUUGGAACCUCCAGCCAGAGCCCCGUGUUGUAGUACCUGCGAGCUAUUGCGUCUCUAUCUCACCGAAUAUUUAUUUAUUUAUUAGUACCAGCUGUGUUGCUCUCGGCUUAUGACGUUGUCAGUAGUUACUGCAAAAUGCUAGAAGGAUAAUAACAAUCAGGUUACCUUGCUCCGCAUCCUGCUGGCUCUGAGCCAUGGAAGCAAUUAAGGAGGCGGUAGUGCAGUCGCUUGAGAAGCAAGGCGUCUUAGGACAACUAAAGGCACAGCUACGCGCCCAGGUGUUUAUAGCAAUUGAGGAAUACGAAACUGCUUCUUCUGGUAAAGGGCUAUCCUCAAAGACUUCGGUGCCUGCGCGGAAUGCAUUAUUAUCUGACCCUGAUGGCCAUUUGGCAAUCCAGCUUGUACUUGACCUAUUGGACACAUGCAACCUCGCCUUUACCAAAAAGGUGUUUCAGCCAGAGCUAGGCCCCAACGCCCCAGAAAGCGGGCGACAGGCGGCGGCGUCACGAUUGGGGCUGCAACCCUCCAACCUCGAUGAACCCCUCCUCCUGGCCCUCAUAAAAGCGUUCAAGUCAGGUUCCUCCUCCCCUGGAACGUCCGCAGCCCCGGUCAGCUAUGCCCCAGCCUCAUCCUCAGUCCCAGCCGCUCCCGCAGCUCCCACCUCAUCCACCACGACCGCUGCAUCCACGGCUGCCACCUCAGCAGCCCCCACCACCGCACCUCCCGCCCGCCCCACCGCUGCUCCGCUGCCGCGCUUAGAGCCGCUAGCCCCAGUCUCCAAGUCAUCCUUGGCGCCCCUGGCACCCUUGGGAGGCGGCGGCGGAAGUGGAGCAGCACCCGCAGCAGCAGCACUCUCAUCAGCAGCCAAACCUCCGGAACCAACAACGAUAACAACAACAACCACGACAUCAGCGGCAACACCCGCGCCUGCUACUACAGGUCCUGCGGCUCCUGCGAAGGCCACAGCAGCAGCAGCGGAUUCAUCGCUGGAGGAGUCCGGGUACUCCAAUGAGGACUUUGAGGAGGAGCCGGUGGAGGAGGAGGAUGUGGGGCCGGCGGAGGAUGACGACGAUGAUGACUACGCAGCAGCGUUGGGCUUCAAGUCCGCACCGGCAGCGAGCUCCAAACCAGGCGGUGCAGCCUCCAGCAGCAAUGACGACGCGGGGGAGGCGGGGCGCGGCGGUCGGCUGGGUGGCGGCGGUAUGAUGGGCGGCGGCGCUCGGGGUCGUACCACACUGGACUCGGAUUUGAUGGCUGGGGACAGGAGCUUUGGCGUCAGCAACGAGCUCGCCGGGCUAGACGCAGGCAACAGCGGCGGCCUGAGCUAUAGCGCCGACUACAGCGCCGCGGGCGCACCCAGCGACGUGCGCGGCUCUCUGUCCACCAGCCAGGCGCUGCUGUCGCCCCUGAGCGAGGGAGGGCCCAAGCCGGCGAAGCUGGAGCCGCUCAGGCCGCUGGGAGGCAAGCUCUCCCCGCUUGCGCCCCUGGCCCCGCUAUCCAACCCGCUCUCCUCCAGUCUGUCAUCCAGCAAGGAAGACCCGCUGGGAGCCAAAGGUCCCAAGCCGCUGGGUCCCCUGGGCGCUCCGGUGCGCAAGUCGCUGAACGACAUUGAGAAGGAGAAGGAGGAGCUGCGAAGGCUGGGGAUCCUGCAGUCGGGCGACUUGAGCACGAGUAUUGAGGUCGAGACCCGACCUCGCCCGGCGGGGGCGCCCCCCAACAUCUACGAUGCUGAGAUGUCUAUCAGCGCGAGCAUGGAUGACAGCGGGUGGGGCGGCAGUCGUGAGGAGCGGCCACGACUCGCCAGCAAGGCCCUCAGCAUGGACAUGCGCGAGACGGGGCUGUCCGCUUCCGACCGCUCCGGUGACAUUGAGCACAUGGGCGUGGACCUGGCGGAGACGGCGGAGUGGCACUGAGCACAGCGCCAGACGGGCGGUGCGUGCGUCGUGCGUUCUCGCCAUGCUGCAACAACAAGACCAGCCAGAGCGUGAACUCCCGAGCGUGAACAAGGCGUGACAAGUUAAUGAAGUACGAGGCGUCCGGGGGGGUAAAGAGGAAACAACUAACUGACUGAGGCAUAAGGCGUCCGGGGGGGGGGGGGGGGCGGGCGGGGUACCCCGUGAUUGUGGCCUGCCUUUUGCGGGGACUCUGUAAUGGUGGGCUGGUAGGCAGCUAAUCCCACUCGGAGCUAUGCCGGGCUGGCUAGUGGUAAAGAUUGUAUGCGUGGGUUAUAGGUGCUGAUUCGCCGAUGGAGGCAAUAAUGGCCUGAUGGAAAGGCGGGCUGCAGGGCUAUGUAUGAGGCUACUGUGUCUGGUAGAGUGUGGGUAAGGUUAAUUAACCAUGGGACCAGGCUCCACCAUGGGGCUAAUUUUGGACGGGUGGUGAAGGGCCUGCAUUGUGUGCGUGCAGUCAAUACCAAACAGGUGAAGUUUGCAGCGCUGCAAGUGUGCAGCAGAGCCUGCAACGCGAUUUUCCCGGGGGCCAGGGACUGGACUGAUAGCUUAUACACUAUAUGACAACAGUACUGUUGCGUCAUGGCUACGAGCGAGCAAGUGGAAAGGGAGGAAUGUGUGCGUGACUUUUGUGUAUUACGACAACUGGCGUGUUUGAUUCGUGCGUGAUCACAGGGAGUACCGGUAGUUUAUAUGGAUCCAUUUGCAGGGCCUUCCGAAAGCCUGCGGCUCCUUACUACUCAUGGUGUAUUGACUCAGAUGUGCCGUGCAUUGGACGUCUGAUGUGUGCCGUACAAGGAGUGACGGACUUCUUCCCUCAGCCUCUGGCGUGAGCCCGGUUGAAGCAGAUCUUGGUGGUAGUAGCAAAUAACUCAAUUAUUUGCUGAUUU